AAUGAAUAUCCCACCUCCACCUCCGCCACCUCCACUUCCCGGUCAACAACUUACAAAGAACAAACCUGGACAAAUUCCAUCAGCUCCUUCGCCAUCGUCUACCUCGACUCUUGGCUAUUCACCAACUCGUGCUGCUCCACAACCACCAGCUUCCCCUAUGACUGCUGGUAUACCUGGACCUCCAGCCCCUCCCCCACCUCCUCCCCCGAUGGAUGCUUCUGCCCCGAUUCAAAAUCCUUCUCCUCCCCCUCCCCCAAAUCUUCCACCUCCUGCAAGUUCUCCUCAUCUUCCACCUACUCCAAUAUCCUCUCCUUCCUUUGCUGCCAAUUCGCCAAGAAUGAUGAGCGCCUCUCAAUCUGUUCCGAGAUGUUCACUACCGCCUCCACCGCCUCCCCCACUAUCCACCCUUCCUCAUUCGCCUCCACCGAAUAUUCAUUCUGUUCCAUCGUCGUCACCUUCCGGUGGUGAUGCAAACAAUAACGCUUUCGAAUCGCCACCUAUUUAUCAGUCGAUAUCUGUGACAAGUACGCAAGAUACGCUGGACGAUUCUUUCGACGACGAAAUCGAACCAGCUAAAGAAGGAGCACAAGAUGAUCUACGUAAGAAUAUGGAUUUACUAGAUAUUCUCCUAAGUUCAAUUCUCCUAAAUACGGACGGCAGUCCAAAAUUUCAAACGGAUAUACAAUCGACUUUGUCGGAAAUCAUUUAUUACUUGGAUAGUGGUACAGCCGACGAAUGGAAUGCAAAGCUAUACAUUUCUGAUGAAAAAGAAUAUAAUAUGUUAACAAUGGAAAUAAAAUUUAUAACGGAAAUGAAAAUCCUCUUGGAAGAAGGUGAAAGGCAAGCUUCAAUGCUGUAUACGUGGAGACCGUUAUCAAAGGCAAUUCCUAAAUUUACUUCCGGCGGUACGGGAGAGAGUAGUGAAUUGUACAAUUGCUGCUUAGAAGUUAUGGAACCUUAUAUAAAUAAACUGCAAAAAUUUAGAGAUUUUGUAAUGAACGCCGUAUCGAGAUUCAUUGAGAUAAUUGAGAAAAUUCUACUUCAAAAUACAUUUGUUACUCAAAGCCUUAGAAUACAAAUAGCGAAAACAGUGAAUCUAUUCGCUGUAUUAGACGAGCUAAUUAAUUCAAAGACGAGCAUCCUAAAUGAUUAUACAUUUUAUAAGAGAGUUAAACAGAAUUUACACGGUACUGGAAGUAGUCAACAAGCUCUACCCGAUGUUCAUAAUUUGGGAAUAUUCUUAGCUACUAAAAAUCGUAUAUUUACAAAAUUGAAAGAAGUUAUUGAUCAUAAAAAAUUAAAAGGAUUCGAAGAUUUCUUCUGCGAUAUAAUAAACGAAUGCUUAUCAUUAUAUUUUAAUAAGCAAUAUUUUUCACCGUCUGAUAAGCAUGUAUUAAUUAAAUUUGUUGCUUUUGGAUUGUUUCUUAUCGAUUCGCAAUUUGUCGACGCUACCAAAUUGGAUAAAUUAAAGAAAUUAAAUAUUUCAAAGAUUGAUAAAGCAUUCAAGAAUGUUGAAACUUUACCAUUGUAUGGCGAUAUGGUUAUUUCACCAUUUCAAUAUGUUAGUAUGACUAAACAUUUUGAUCCGUCUAAGUGGACGCUCUGUAUGAGCGAAGAGAGAAAUCUUCAGGGUAAUAUCUCUAAAAGAUCGGCGAACGUUCAGAGUGAAAUGAAUAAUUUCAUAACGAAACUUCGAUAUUUCGAAAUAGAGAAUAAAGGUAUUGUGACAAAAAAUAACUGUCAGAGGUUAUAUAAAUUAGCAAUCGAAGGAUUACAAUUACUCUCUUCGUGGACGGCUUUGGUUACCGAAGUAUUUUCUUGGAAACUUCACAAGCCGGCCGAUUAUACAGAAGAAAUGAAUAAAGCCCUCUCGUCCUGUCCGGAUGAAAAGGAGAGAGAUAGAAUUCGAGUUCUUUUCGAAGAGACAAAGAUUUACGAAUACGCAACGAAACAUAACUACGACGACGAAGAGAAGAUUGCCCUUAUUACUGUUAUUGCUUCUAUAAAGACCGUUCAAAAAGAGAUGAAAGCGUAUUCAAAAACUCUGUCGGAAGGUAUUCGAAAGUCUAUAUACUAUAGAACUCAGAAAUUGAUUAAGGAAGAUCUUCGUGAUACUCUAAGGAAAGCUGUAAAAAAUGGAAAAGAAAAACUAAGAAAUCUUCUUGUUUUUAGCCGAGAAACAAUUGGCCAUUGGCCUCCAAAUUACAAUCCUAAUUCAGAUCCAAUUUUACAAGGGAAAAAGAUGAAAGACUUAGAUUUAUCAACAAACUCCGAUACUUGCCAAACUACUGAACAAACUCAUUUAUUGCGAACUAUACUUGAAUAUAUUAUUUCAAGUAAUCCAACUGGUGUAUUUGCUAAAAAGAACUUGGAGAAAGAUACUAGUUUGGCUAUAGAGGAUUUCCUGAGCGAAUCUUUUCUUUGGGAGCAAUUAUUGAAUUUUGAUAGAACUUUAAAAAAUUGUUGUGACCUUUCUCAGUUGUGGUUCAGAGAGUUUUUUAUUGAGUUGGCUAAAGGCGAAAGAGUUCAAUUCGAAGCCGAAAGCUCUAUGCCUUUCAUUCUAAUUGAUUUCCUUGUUGAACAUAACAAAUCGGAAUAUGUAGAGUACGUCUUCUACGCGUUUGAUUUGUAUAAUGAUAGUGCCGAUUACGCUCUCAACGUUUUCAAGAAGAAGUUUCUAUACGAAGAGAUUGAAGCGGAAGUGGAUCUUUGCUUUGAACAGUUCUUAUACAAACUGUGCGAUCAUAUGUACAACUAUUAUAGGACACUAGCUGGAAGUUUAACGUUAAAAUCAUAUUUGGGAAAUCACGUGACUAAAAAAUUAAGCAAAGAUUUACGUAUACACGCCAGAAGGAAUUUCUUACCGCUUCUUAGUCAAACGAAUAUAAGACUAUUAGGACGUAAUAUUGAUCUAAAGAGAAGAAUUUCACAAAGAUUGAACAUGUUCUUUAGUCGUUCGUUAGAGAAUGUUCUACACUAUUUUGAAUCGGUUAAUUUACACACCAUAUGCGAAAUCGAAGGUAUAAUAAAUGUUACUAAAUUAGCUCAUAAGCUUAUUUCCGAGCAUAUUACGCUUACUCCAUUUGAACAUCUUCUACAAAUGGCAAGAUAUGAUUCGAAAAGUGACAGAUGUCGAAUUGCUCAAAGAAUUGUACAAUGCGUUACGGAUGAUUUACCACUUUACGCUUAUAAUACGUCAACGGCAAGAUUUGUCAUGUCGGAGAUAAGAUCGAAAACUGAAGAAGCUAGAAUUAGUAAGGAAAAGGGAGGUAAAGAAGAUAAAAGACGAUUUAUGGAUCAUAGAGAUUCUUGGGGUAGAUUACCACAUGCCGUUAGCAUUUGUAACUUUCUUGAUUAUGCUGGAAUAAGCUAUUUACUAGAAGAAUGUGUGAAAUUUAUUGAAAAGUCUCUAAACGAUAUUAUAAUGCCGUUUGUUCGGUCCAUUAAGAAAGCGUUACCACCAGAGGGAAUAAAACUGCCUAGAUACGAAUAUGGUCACGUUGGCGCGUUCACUAAAUUUAGAACGGCUUUUGUUCAUAUACUUAAAUUCGAUUUAUCGGAUUUGUACGAAGCUUUAGCGGGAGCCGGAAAUUGUUUAGCAUUCUGUCUAAUUAUUACGGAAAAUGUAUUUGUAAAUGAAACUAAUAGUAUUAGAUUGGGUGGAUAUUUUUGUAAUAAUUUACCUACACCCUAUAUUGAACAAGAUGAGAAAUCAACUCAUUCGAAAAAGAAAGCGGAAGCGUUAAAGAAAUUGAAAUACGAGAAUAAAAAUUGCUACGUUCGAUUUGUUGCCGAAAAUUUUAAGGAAUUAAGCGACGAUAGAAAGAAGUUAGUUAAACAGAAUGAAUUAUUAGAAAGAGAAAAAUUAGUUUGCGGAUUGAAUAUUUUCCCAAAAAUUUUGGAUAAAUUAAAAAAGAAAUUAUGCCAAGAGAACGAUAAGGAUUUAUGGUUUGGAGAUGAACCGGAAAAUGGUAUAAUGCAUAUAACGAAUUGUUCAGAAUUUUAUAGAGUUUGGAGUGUUUUACAAUUCGUUUUCUCAAUACCAACAAUGUCGGCCCACGCCGAAACUGUCGAGGCAUUGUACGGCGAUGGUCUACAAUGGAUGGGAUGUUCGCUUAUACAACUUUUAGGACAGGAAAGGAAAUUUGAAGUAUUAGAUAUUUCCUAUCAUAUUGAGAAAUUAUACGAACCAGCUAAAGGCGGUACUAAAAAUAAAAUGAAUGAUCAAAUGUAUAAUAAGUUAAUGCAAAGAAUUCGAGCAAUGCAUAAAAUAAAUAGUGAAAUUUUUGGUAUUGUUGGAAAGUACUGCUGUACUCAAUCUCAACCGAAAGAAUCAAUUAAAAAUCAGUUUGAGACCCCUUUAGAAAAUGUUCAUCAUUUCGAUCCACCUUUGGAGAUUGACUUAGAUCAAUCGUCGGCAAUCUCAAUAAAAACUUCAUUAAAUGUGGUAUCGGAUGAAGUUGAACCUCCAAAACAAAAGGUUGAAACUGAAGUUUAG